AUGUCAAACACUUCUGUCCGUCAAAGUCGGCUACCAUCGCCAGACCUAAGAAAAAGUGAGACGGAACCUCAGCUAACAGCUACCCCUCCUCUCUCUGCAUUACCUGGUAAAUCUCGGAAACGCCUGCUUCCACAAUCAGAAACAGCAGUCCUGUGGAGCGGGGAGAGGGUCGGAGAUCUGAGACUCACUGGGGCUUGCUCUGGAGUUAAUGAGGGUCUUCAGAUCAAGGAAAAACAGGAAGGUAGAGCUGUGGCCAAGGACGAGGGGAAAAUGCCACACAAGAUGGAAGGCUUCAUCUUAUUACUUCUCUUUGGCUAUGAAGCCACACUGGGAUUAUCAUCUGCAGAGGAUGAGGGCGAAGACUCCUGGUACCACAAAGCAUGCAAGUGUGAUUGCCAAGAAACCAAUGCUCUGUGGUCUGCGGGUUCCGCCUCCUUAGACUGCAUUCCAGAAUGCCCCUAUCACAAGCCUCUGGGUUUUGAGUCCGGGGAGGUCACGCCAGAUCAGAUCACCUGCUCCAACCCAGAGCAUUAUGUAGGCUGGUAUUCCUCGUGGACAGCCAACAAGGCUCGGCUCAACAGUCAAGGCUUUGGGUGUGCCUGGCUCUCCAAGUACCAGGACAGUAGCCAGUGGCUACAGAUAGAUCUGAAGGAGAUCAAGGUGAUUUCCGGGAUCCUUACCCAGGGGCGUUGUGAUAUAGAUGAAUGGAUGACCAAGUACAGUGUGCAGUACAGGACUGAUGAGAGCCUGAACUGGAUUUACUAUAAGGACCAGACUGGGAACAAUCGGGUCUUCUAUGGAAACUCAGACCGGAGCUCCACAGUCCAGAACCUGCUGCGACCCCCCAUCAUUUCCCGCUUCAUCCGACUGAUCCCUCUGGGCUGGCACGUACGCAUAGCCAUCCGGAUGGAGCUGCUUGAGUGUGCCAGCAAGUGUGCCUGA